AUGAAUACUGGUUUGUUUCAUUUCACUUGGUUUCCUGCUGAAGAGUGCUGUUUGUUUCUGGACAAUUCCACACCAGCGAUGGCAGAUCGAAUGCUGAAGACGGUGAAGGCGAUUAUGCAGGAGGUGGUUCCCGCUGCUUCAAGCAGCCCCAAGAAAGUCACGGUGGUUGGAACUGGUCAAGUUGGGAUGGCAUGCGCUUACGCCAUCUUGCAACAGGGGCUAUGCAGUGAACUUUCCCUCGUAGAUGUGGUGUCUAAUAAGGUGAAGGGCGAGAUGAUGGAUCUCCAACACGGACUCGCAUUUACGAGGCGUUGCGUAGUAAAUGCAGACACGGAUUACGCUUGCACUGCCGGCUCAAAUCUUUGCAUCGUUACGGCUGGACUUCGUCAGAAAGAAGGCGAAUCACGUUUGUCGCUGGUGCAACGGAACACAAACAUUCUCAAGAAAAUUAUUCCAGAACUUGUCAAAUAUUCCCCCGAAACUCUAAUUAUGGUAGUUAGUAAUCCAGUAGAUGUCCUCACGUACGUAACAUGGAAGUUAUCAGGCUUGUCAAGGGAACGGGUCUUCGGUUCCGGGACGAAUCUUGACUCUGCCAGGUUUCGUUUUCUUCUUUCACAAGAACUCAACGUUUCACCUUCUUCUUGCCAUGCAUGGAUCAUUGGAGAGCAUGGAGACUCUAGUGUACCUGUGUGGUCUGGAGUAAACGUUGCUGGUGUACCGUUGUCCGGAACCGGCGGCGCUUCCAAGCCGACGACGGAAUCAUGGGAAAAUGAACUCCAUAGACAAGUCGUACAAAGCGCCUACGAGAUCAUCAAAUUGAAAGGUUAUACAUGUUGGGGUAUCGGCCUAUCGGUGGCGAAAAUAACUCGAGGAAUUAUGAGGAAUUCUCGAAAUCUUAACGCUCUUUCUAUAAAUGUUAAGUCUCUGAAGAAGGCGAUCCCGAUGAGAAUAAUGAUUGUAACAACAUCAAGCGGGGCUGAACUGAUUAAUAGCACUAAAAAAACGAGUUAUAGAAAUAAAAUUAAAAUACUGAAAGAAGUGGGAGGAGCGAGCUCUGGAUUAUAUAAGGCCGGAGAGCAUAAAGCCGCACCAACGAACGUCCACGAUUCAUUGCAAGUGCCAGACUCAACGGGACACGUCGUCGUCGUCGUCGUCGUCGUCGUCAUCGUAACGGUCAAGUCGAGCAACAUGGCGCAUGGCAUGGCUGCAACCGUGAAGGAAGUGUUCCAGGAGAUUGCUCCUGUUGCCAGCACAGCCCACGGCAAAGUGACCGUUGUCGGUGUUGGCCAAGUAGGAAUGGCCUGUGCUUACAGUAUCCUGCAGCAGAAUAUUGCAAACGAGAUCUGCCUUGUGGAUGUGGUUGCUGACAAGCUUAAGGGCGAGAUGAUGGAUCUUCAGCAUGGCUUAGCGUUCACAAGACAUUGCGUUGUUAAGGCUGACACAGACUACGCUAUCACCGCUGGAUCGAAGGUGUGUGUGAUUACGGCUGGAGCACGACAACGAGAAGGCGAGACUCGCCUAUCGCUUGUUCAAAGGAAUGUGGAGAUUUUCAAGGGGAUUGUACCGCAACUCGUCAGAUACUCUCCGGAAACCAUCAUUAUGGUUGUGUCCAACCCAGUUGAUGUCCUCACAUAUGUUACAUGGAAGCUAUCCGGGCUAUCUAAAGAGCGAAUUUUUGGCUCUGGAACAAAUCUCGAUUCAGCACGAUUCCGCUUCCUUCUCUCACAAAAACUGAAUAUUGCACCAUCAUCUUGUCACGGCUGGAUAAUUGGAGAACACGGUGAUUCCAGCGUCGCUGUUUGGUCCGGUGUGAAUGUGGCCGGUGUGACACUUUCAAAUGUGAAACCGGAUAUCGGAGAGAAAACCGAUGACGAACAUUGGGAACAAGAUAUUCAUAAGAAGGUUGUGGAAAGUGCAUAUGAAAUUAUCAAACUGAAAGGUUACACUUCGUGGGCGAUUGGAUUGUCUGUGGCGAAAAUUGUCCAAUCGAUAAUGACCAAUUCUCGUAAUGUGUUCGCUCUAUCCACGAACGUAAAGGGUUUCCAUGGCAUCACUGAUGACGUCUAUCUUUCCCUUCCCGUUGUCCUCGGAUCGAACGGUAUCACUCACAUAAUAAAACAACAUCUCAACCAAACUGAAGUCGAUCAAUUCCAAAGAAGUUGCCAAGCGUUACUACAAGCUCAAACAGUCCUAGAGACCUGGGCAAAACGAUGCGAUGAUUUCAUGUUUUUUACGGAUUCGCCUAUGUCUGCCGAAAUUCCACACAUUUAUUGGAAAGAAUUGAACACUAGAGAUCAUUCAUGGGAGAAGAUUCGAAAGAUAUUCACUCACGUGAUCGAUGAGAUCGAUGAAGAGUACGAUUGGUAUCUGAGAGCAGACGACGACGCCUACGUAAUCGUUGAGAACCUACGACAUUUCCUAGCGAAUUACUCCAGCAAAGAACCACAUUACUUCGGUUAUCGAUGGAAUUUCUUUGUGCCUCACGGAUAUGCGGAUGGCGGGGUCUACGUGCUUUCACGACCAACGGUUGAGAUUUUUAAUCGCGUUAUGGAAAACCGAAAACUAUGUCCAGAACUGCAUCGUGCGGAAGAAGAUCAGGAGAUGGGAAGAUGUUUGGCUGCUGCUGGGAUAUAUCCUGAAGACACUAGAGAUGAAAAUGGAUCAGACAGGUGA